AAAGAAACUCUUUUAACUGCUUUAGGAGGGGACUGCUGGGCAACCAGUCAUUGUAAAGGCCAAAUAAGCCCCAGUUUAAAGCAGAAGCCUACACGUCAGCAUUGCAGAUGUUCCUUUGUGAUUACUUUCCCAGUUGGUAACAACCUUUUUUUUUUUUUCUAUUGCAGAUGCACAAUAGCCAGUAGAAUCUAUACCAUGGCUCAGGAAUUCUGAAUGAACUUUGGCUGGUAAAAGCCAUGGCAUCCUCUAUUCCUACUGAACACAGGCCAGCAUCAUGGUUGAAUUAUUUCUUUCUUUACGAUGGAUCAAAGGUGAGAGGUGAAGGUGAUCCCACCAGUGUUGGUAUAAAUUACUUCUACCCCACACAGGUGUUGUCCGUUGUAUGACUGAGAUCACCAACUCUUCUCCCAACCUUAUACGACUACGCAAACUGAAAUUUGCCAUUGUCGUUGAUGGGGACUAUUUGUGGGCUCUUGGGUGUUCAGUAGAUGUUGCAGAUGUCAGUUGCAAGCACUUCUUACAAGAACUAAUUGGACUGUUCCUGUUCUAUAAUGGACCUUUGCGGGAUGCCUAUGAGGUCCGUUCACAGGCUGAGCUAAGCAACGAAUGGAAUCUUUACAUUGAAUUCAUUCAGAACACCAGCACCGACCUACACAGGAUCUUCAAUUCCCUGAGUCAUCUUGAUAAAACUAAAGUAGACCCUCUCCUAUUGCUGAAAGCUGCCCUCAUUUUGCAGACCUGUCAGAGAUUUCCUUACAUCCUAGCUGGCUGCAUUCUCUACAAAAAUCAUAUAGUGAGUACCCAGCUGCCCCCUUCAAUCACUUCCAAGAUAUUGAUUCAGAGGGUUGGUCUUGUUCAAAGUCCAUCAUCUGUGAACAAUCAGGAUGCAGAGUUACCCCAGGAUGUCUGUAUGAUCCCUGUAUUUGUAAUUGAAAAUGAAAUAACUUCACUUCGCCACUACCCUGCCGAGUGGAUGACAAGAAUGCCCACACCUUCAAGAACAUUGUCAACGCUUGGCAAAAAAGCUGCAGGAAACCAGUUCCCAGUCUCAGAGGAUGGUACUCAGGAAGGAAUAACUGGAGGCGGGGAAUCUUUUCCAGUGCACCUUCCAAAAGAAGAGACUCCAAUACAUGGAGCAGAUGCAGGUUUACUCGUUGACAAGAGUGUAGAAUUGCCCUUCCUAAGCUUAAUGACAGACAGCCCAAUGCAAUGUUCAUCACCAUUAAACCAGGAAAGGACCAGGCAAUCCAAGGAACCAAAAUCAUCUGGUGGUAACCCAGUAAAAGCACACAGUGAUAUCAACUCUUCCCUGUAUAAUUUGGUCCUAAUUGUUCCGAAGCAGAAGGCUAUAUCAGAAGAGACAGAGGAUAAUAACGACAUUAACCGAGAGCGUUUAUCUACCGGUAGCUUUGCAACGUGUGAUUCUGUGAUGGAAUUUGAGACUAAAGAGGAUGGACUGGAAACAUUUGAGGACUAUGUUCCAGUGUCUCUGAAAGAUAAUACCAGUACUGAAGACCAAACAGAUAGUUGUGAACAGUCCAUACUGUUAGGGAAGCCUGAAAGUGUCAGUGACCGAAAAGACAACACAGAAUUUAAUACCAACGACAGCACCUUAGACAAAAGUUCACCAUCAAGUCAAACAACAGAUAUCGGUUUUUCACCAAAGGUUUUUGGGGUGACAGACUGGUCAUUACUUGUCAGCUCAACCCAGUCAUCUGACAGCACACAACUGGUACAGAUGAUGUUAUAUGUCCAUAAUGUUAAAGGCUUAGUGUUGGCUCUCUUGGCAGAAUGUCCUUUCCAACAUGACAAGGCCUCAAUUCAGGAUGUGUAUGACAGCACCUUGGCUUCUCUCAAUGGCCUAGAAGUUCAUCUUAAAGAGACUUUGCCAGUCAACAACAAUAAUCUUACAAAGAGCAGCUACAGCUUUACCCAUUAUGAUCCUAUUCAGCAUAUUCUCACUGCCAACCUCCCGUCUGUUUCAAGCACGCAUGACCGCCACUUCCUCCGAGCUGCCACUCUGAUACAUUCCGACUUUAGUCAACAUCAGUCUUUCCAGGAAAUGACAGUAAGAAAUGCAGCCUCUGCCGUCUAUGGCUGCCAAAGUGCUGUCCAUGAGACCUACUUCCAGCAGCUGGCACCACCUAUAAGGAACUCUGGAGUCCCUGACCCACAGGACAAUGCAUUCUUCUUAUCCAGCAAGGCAAAGCAAAAACUACUGAAACAUGGUCUUAACCUGCUGUAAUAUCAUUCUGCUGAUUUGACUUUGUAGACUUAAGAAAAUAAAUACUGAGUUAAGUUGGCCAUACAGAGGCCGAUAAAAGCUGCUGGCAGACCGAGUCGGCAGCUUAUUGGACGUGUAUGGGGCCCUCCGAUCGAUAUGUGGCCAAAAGUCGGGCAGAUGUCGAUCGGAAGGGACUAAAAAUCACGUUGGAUCGCGGACCACAUCUGUUCGUUGAUGUGGUCCCACAAUCUGACCACCCGUUUACACAUCAUUAUGAUCCGAAAGUUGGGCCCUAGGGCCCAUAAUCGGAUCAGCCCGAUAUUGCCCAACUCAAGGUAGGCAUAUCGGGAGAGAUCCCUGACACCGCCCAAACUAACGGAUCAGUCUGUGUAUGGCCACCUUAAGAAAGGAAAGCCACUGCCAGUAACUCUACAGACACAACUCUGCUGUUUAUGCUUCGUUCCACUAGGCAGGAGACCCACUUUAUUUUUUAUUGUUCUAUGGAUUGUGAAAUAAUAUAUGAACCUCUGCUGGCCAGGAGGAUACCGUUCUAUUCCCCAACAAUAAUGCACUGCAUGCAGAGAAGAGGCCUCCUCCUGCAUUUUAAAUCACUCACUUGUUCCCUGGCUCUGCCAAACCGUCUGAGCUCAGCAUUGAUGUUUAAUGUAUAGUUUUAUUUUAGUUCACGUUCUUUAUUAUCUUUCAUCUUUUAAUUUGCAUAUGCAAACGACAUAACGGCACACCUUCCUUUACAGAUAAUUCACAGUACAGGUUGUUUUUUUUUGUGAUCACAUCGGUAAGCCAAUCAUUUCAUCUAUAUUUUAGAUGUCCAUAGACAGUCCAUUCAUCUAAUGACCCUAAUUGAAUUUGUCAAAUCCAAGCUGUUGAAUGACUGUAUUUGAAUGCGAACAAUAAAGCCAAUGAUUUAAUUAGGCAAGGUGUCAUGCAAGCUAGUUUCACUUAACACCCUAAAGGGUGUCUCCCAAAUGUCAUACCGUAGCUGGCUGAAAGGAGCAUUAAAGGGUAAAAACACUCAUCACCUUACUGUGAAAACAACCAUUUUCUCUAUAACAAAUAAAUCUGGUUGAAAAGGUUAAAAA